GCAAAGCUUGCUUCAGGUGUCACUGCCAAAGGCAAUAACAAAAAUGGUAAUACUUGACUGGAAUGAACACUGCAGGCAGAAAGGGCUAUGAUACCAGCUUCUGCUGUUUGCCUUCUUCAGAACUGCCUUCUUGAAGGCUUCCAGGAAACUUAAUACCCUUUGCAGAGAACUGGUCUGUGACAUCUUUGACUCUUUUGCAUUGUACAGGGGUUUACAUAAAUUCUCAGUAGCUGAUGUUGUUUGAAAAGUAGCACUCAGAAUGUGGAAGCUGGACAUUAUAUGUGUUGUAAACAGUUAAACAUGGGGAAAAAAAACUUCAGUGAAGUAUGGGAGAUCAUAGCACCAUCUGCUGGAUGCAUGAGUGAUGUUUUCCCUGCAAAACUUUGUAUUGUUGCUUUUUUUCCCUGUUUACUGAAAGGUUGAUCAAUUCCAGUUAAUAUAUAACAUGAACGCAGGUAUAAAUAUAUGCUCAUUAAAAGGCUUCUAGGUGAGCUGACUUGGCUGUCCAGACCAGUCUUUGUUAGUGAAGGUACUACAGAAGAACAGGAAGUCACCAUUUCCGUGGGGCAGAUUUACACAGGAACAACUUUACAGAGGUGCAGGGCUGCAGUCUCCAAUUUAUCUGAGCAGAGAAUAUUAAUACCAGCUCUCUAUUUACAGGAAAACAAAGAUAGUGCCCACCUCAGCCUUGUGCUGCUCUUUAAGGCAAGAAUGUCCUUGUCAUCCAUAUCAGUGCUGGAGACUGAGAUCUUCAACUACAUUGAUGCACAUCAAAGUGACUUCAUUGAGAAUCUCAAGGAAUGGGUGGCUGUGGAAAGUGAUUCUGUGCAACCAGACCUGAGGAAAGAAGUUGUACGAAUGAUGUCAUUGGCAGCAGCCAGGCUUGCAGCUUUGGGAGCCACUGUUAAUUCAGUAAGCCUGGGGUCACAGCAGUUGCUGAAUGGCCAGCACCUUCCACUGCCACCUGUCAUUCUUGGGGAGCUUGGCAAGGAUCCCCAAAACCUCACCGUCUGUUUCUAUGGCCACGUGGAUGUACAGCCUGCCAAAAAAGAAGAUGGCUGGAAAACUGACCCUUUCACAUUGACUGAAAUCAAUGGCAAUCUCUAUGGGCGUGGAGCAACAGAUAAUAAAGGGCCUGUGUUGGCUUGGAUAAAUGCAGUGGAAACGUUUAGAGCCUUGAAAAUAGCUAUGCCAGUAAACUUCAAGUUUGUUAUUGAAGGCAUGGAGGAAGCAGGGUCUCUGGGGCUGGAGAAGCUUCUUGAAGAAGAAAAACAGGGCUUUUUAUCAGACGUUGAUUACAUUGUGAUUUCAGACAACCUCUGGCUCAGCAAGAAGAAGCCUGCCCUUAUAUGUGGGACUCGAGGCAAUGCCUGCUUCUCUGUGGAGGUAGAAGGUGGUGACAAGGAUCUUCACUCUGGAACUUUUGGAGGCAUCAUUCACGAGCCGCUGACUGACCUGAUAGCUCUGCUGGACAGCCUUGUAGAUCCCACAGGUCAUAUUCGGAUCCCUGGAAUCUAUGAUGCUGUCGCUGCCCUGACAGAUGAGGAUAAGAAAUUGUGUGAAUCUACUGAAUAUGAUAUAGAGGAACACAAAAAUAAUAGUGGAGUGAAAAAACUCCUUUACAGCACCAAGGAAGAAAUACUUCUACACCUGUGGCAUUAUCCUUCUCUCUCUAUUCAUGGGAUUGAAGGAGCUUUUCAUGAACCAGGAAUUAAAACAGUAAUUCCAGCAAAAGUCAUAGGGAAAUUCUCAAUCCGCCAAGUCCCCAACAUGGAUCUUUCAGAUGUGAAACAACAGGUGGUGGACCAUUUGGAGAAUGUAUUUGCCAAGAGGAACAGUCCAAACAAACUGAAGGUGUCCAUGCCCCUGGGUGCCAAACCUUGGGUCGCUGAUGUUAAUGAUCCACUAUAUAAAGCAGCAAAAAGGGCAAUAAGAACAGUUUUUGGAGAAGAUCCAGAUUUCAUUCGGGAUGGUUCAACAAUUCCUAUUGCCAGAAUCUUUCAGACUAUAACACAGAAAAGAGUGAUAAUGUUUCCAAUUGGAGCAGCUGAUGAUGGAGAACACUCCCAGAAUGAGAAAAUAAGCAGACACAACUAUAUUGAAGGAGCAAAAGUGUUUGCAGCCUUUUUCCUGGAGAUAUCAAAGCUACAUGAGCAGUCGCAUGAAACUUCAAACCCAAGGACCAAAGACUGGUAGACCCUCACAACCAAAUUAUUUAAGCACAUUUUAGUUCUUACGCUUUGUAAUCACUUCCACUGAUCUAGAAAAACACAUAAAUCACAUGUUCAACGGGCCUGAAUGCGAGGAAAAAUAAAUACUGUGCUAUUUUUUGGUAUAUUGCUGUAUGGGAACUGCUGAGUCACGGCCUGAACCUGAUUGAUCACCUGAGGCGAGCAAUGAGUCAGCCAUGGGAGCACAGGUGAAGGCAAUUCACCUGGGCUGCCGGAAGGGGUGGAACCUGGCUCACCUCUCCUAGACCCAUUUAGGAGCUGACUGCCAGUGGGAAAGGAUCUCUUCUGGAGAUCCCUCCUCUGGAGAUUUGCGGUGAGCCCAGGACACGGGUAAGCACUUUAUCUAUUCUCUUUUUGUUAUUAUAAUCUGCUUAGACAGACUGUCUGGUUUAUUUCGUAAUUAUAACAUCUUUAUGUUCAUUGAUUAUACAAUCACUAAAUGAUAUGUAUUUGUUAUUCAGUCAAUAUAAUGAACUUAUCCCUGAUGCUAUGAAACAGUUACACAUAAUUCAUUUCUACAAAGUGGAGCGUGCUACGUUUCAAAUUUCAGACCAAAGGGAAUUUUGACAUUUAUUUUAUUAAAACUGCUUUAUUUCUCUUCUAUAGUAUUCUAAUGUUGAUGCUGUUUACCUCAUAUUUCAGUUUCUGAAUUCAUGCGAUUCAUACCACUUGUUUCCUUCUGCCUAUAUACAGAAUCUCACUAUGAGCCUUUCUGAAUAAAGAUUACAUUGUUAUGUUCA